GUUGUCGUUCAUCAUCAUCAUCCAAUGAGAUUUUGCGUUCUGGUCUGUGGUCGUGUGGUGGCUGGAGCACUAGGGCAGAGUCGACUAUGUUGGCGGUAGGCGCCUUUGCAGUGAGAGGCAACAAAUAGUCCUUCAAGAGUGAGUGAGUCACCGGCACACAUCACACACACAAGCCAGCUGUACACUCAUCCAUCUACCACACGCCCAUCGACAAGCCUGGCCAGCAAACCAUGGCAGCAACCCCCCUCGUCCAGUCUACACACUCCUCCAUGCAGAGAGGGAACAAAUAGUCCUUACGUGAGCGACAGAAAAAGAGAAAGCGAGUCAGUCACCACCAACACACGCACGACCCAGCUGUACACUCCAUCGACCAGCCAGCAGACCAUGGCGGCAAUCCCUCUCAUCCAACCACUCCUCCGCACCACCAGGGAGGCCGCACAUUACGCGGGCACCAAAAUUACUUAAGCCGGCUGGUGGUUGGGCAAGGGAGGGAGGGAGGGCGGGAGGGAAUGCACACAGAGAGGGAGAGAGAAGGGAGGGAGAGAGAGAGAGAGAGAAAGAGAGAAAGGCACGGCAGCCGCAAAGGCAGCCAGUAGGCCAACGAGCUAGUCAAGCAAGCAGCGAUCCAGCCAUCCAUCCAUCUACCACCUGCCCACCAUCCCUGUCUGCUGCCGGGCAAGCGGGCGGCUACAGGCCGUGCCAGCACUUCUUGUGCGGCACGACCGACACCUCCACCUGGUGCAGCAGGCUGGACUGCUGGCACAUGGGCCCCAUGACGUGCUCCUCGAGUGUGGUGGAGGUGGUGACGGGGAUCUUGGGUGGGGGGCCCUGGCUGGCGCGCUUGAGCUCCUUCAACUUGCUGCACACACGCAGCGCAGAGAGAGACCACAUGCAAUCAAGGCAUAAUUGGUGGAUGGAUGGCGUGGGGCGCCCAUGACUGAGUGAGUGAGGGAGUGGCUGACCGACCGCUUGGCGAUGUCUCCGAGGUAGACGGCGGCGUACUUUGGCUUGAAGACGUCACUGUCCGCCAGGCGCCUCCCCUUCUCACGGGUCACGUACACCUCCACGAUGGGCGGCGCGAAGGUGGUAGGGGGGCGGCUGGAGCCCUGAGCACGCACCUGGAGCUGCUCAACCCACAAACCAAGCUCGGCCUGAGAGGGAGGGGACAGGACACACACACACACACACACACACACAUUCACACGGUCGCAGCGGAAGGGUGGGUGGGGUGGGGAGGGGUGGGCGCUUACGCAGGACAGUAUCGUCGUAUUUUUCGGUAUCUUGGUGACAAAGCUGUCCGUCACGGUGGCCGCCACCCGCACCACGUCAAACAUCGACUGCAUUAAGCGGACCAUCCAUCCAUCCAUAGGCGUGUGGUGUGCCGUGUUUCUCUCUGUGUGUUGUGCUUAUCGGAUGCAUUGCAAUGCAUACCAGGCUGCCGUCGGCCAUGUGGGCGAGAUCGUAGGUCUUCUGAGUCAGAUAUCGACGGCCGCCCCAGGGGGGGUCGAUGACGGCCUGCACAGCACAAACACAUCCGCAUGAUGGACGGACGUGUUGGCCUCUGUGCAGAUGGGUGGGUUGGUGAGUAUGUCGUGUGUCGACUGACUGACCAGGUCGGCCUUGAAGUCGUAGUUGUCCUACCGGUCUACUACGGACUCGUAGUCCUCGGGCAGGGCAAUGACGGGCUCCACACCUGCACACCCAUCCACACACACACACAAACACACACAGGGUGGUGGUGAGCGAGGGGUCUGUCUCUUCCUUCGUUGUAUAUUGCUACCGUAUUGUUUGGUGUUGUGCUCGAGUAUCUCCACGUGCUCGGCUUCCUUAUCCAUACUAUACACGCUGAGGCCCUCUCGCAACAUUGCUAUGGUAUCCCCCCCUGCGCACACACACAUACACAAGCACGACACACGAGGCAUUCCGUCAGUCACAUGUAGUGGAUGUAUGCGUGUGUGCCAUUUGUGUGUGUACUGUAUUAUGUGUGUGUACCUGCCCCAGCAAAAAGGUCGACCACUGUGCCCUUGGGGUAUAGCUGGCUGCAGCUGGCCGCCUGGUGGAGGGCGAUGGCCUCUGGACUGAUACUAUAUCUGGUCCACACACAUACAACAUGCACAUCCAUGGACCCUCUUCUUCGCCUCCCUCCCUCCCUCCCUCCCAUGUGUGUCGUGUCGCUCCCUUACGUCAUCUCGUCAUUCAGUUUGAUAGGCCUGGUCGCCAGCCAUCGCUGUCUCGCCUCCUUGCCCUUCCCAGCCGGUCCCUCUAUGAUUAUUACCUUCACGAACACCGAACCCUGCACAGCCACUCGGUGGGCGGCCUCGAUGGCCUCCAGCUCCUGGCGCGUCGCCAGCCACAUGGCGGAGGUCGUGGCGGGGUCGGGCCAUGUGGUGGUCAUGGCUGAGUUGGUGGCCGGUGCGGCCGUCUGGUCUCCCGCCUUCUGCAGCACCGUCGCCUCCCGGGCCAUACCCUCCUGCAACUCCCUGCACACAUCAACACACAUUCACACGGACUCGUUUGUGCAAGUGUAUAAAGUGAAAGGCUCGUUUAGCUUGUGAAUGUGUACCGCUUGGCCGCCUCGAUGCGCUGUAUGUAGGUAACCAUGGCCUCUGCCUCCCUCCCUUGCUGACUCUGCACAUACCCACACGCCAUGCCACGAUAGGCACACGGAGAGAUGGAUGAAUGUCAUGGAUGUGCCGGUGCAGACGUGUGUGUGUGUUGGGGGUUAGUGGGGGGGUGGGGGGGUGGCGUACGCACCUCGGCCUUCGGUGUGGCGGUGACGGGCACCUCGUUGCCGUCGGGGAACAUGCAGGUGCUCUUGCCGUGCAUCUUGCCGUUGACCCCGUCGCUCUCGUACUCCACCACGUUGUCCUUGGCGCUCACGGGCGUCUCCGCGCCCUCGCCGUGGCCCUUGUCGUUGCGCCACUGGCCCUGGUACACGUCACCCUCGAAGUAGCGGUAGGUCCCCCGGCCGUGCAUCGUGCCGUCCACCCAGUCGCCCUCGCACUCGGCUCCUUUCUGGUAGGUCAGCUUGCCCUCGCCGUUGAUGCGGCCGUGCUCCCACUGGCCCUCGUAGCGGUUGCCGCUCGCAAACAGCGCCGUGCCGUGGCCGUGGAUGCGGUCGUCGACCCACUGACCCUCGAACAACUCACCCUCGUCCUCGUACUUCUCGUGCCCUGCACACCACACCACACCACACCACACCAUGACACGUGGACCGAUGGAUGGAUGGAUGGAUUUGUUCCCGUGUGCUCGUGUUACUGGCUCACCGUUGUGUUUGAUGACAGAGCCGUCGGCCAGCAUGAGAUCAGCCUUAAGGAACGCGGCCGGCGGCGGGCUCUUGGGCACCAGCUCGGCGACUAGCAUGUCCAUGAUAGACAUUGGUGGCUCCUCGUCCUCCGCCUGCACGCGGCCAUUCAGAGAGAGAGAGAGAGAGAAGAUGAAAUGCGGCCCGAGAGUGGGGGAGAUGGGCAGAGGGUGACGUGUACAGCUGGGUGACAUAGAAAUGUGCGCUUUUCCUGACCAUCUUGGUGUUGGUUUGUGUGUCGUUCGGCCUCCCUAUCCCUCUCAUCAGAUACCCCCACAGUCCCCUGCCAGACAGCACGCGGCAGCCACUUGAGGAACGGAGUGCACCACCUGGCCUUGCUCUCGCCUCACCUGACGUAAUCCAUCUGUAUCCUUAUCUGUAUCAAUCACUCAGUCAGACAGACCUGCACCACACAGCACACAGACAGCAAAGGCACUCAUUCGGCGUCACGUCCGAUGCAGUGCAGCGCCACACAUCAUCAUGAUGGCGUGAAUGCAGGAAAGAGAUGUCAGCGGCCUUUUCCCCUUUGGCCCCUCCGAAUACUCACCGUUAUGGUCUCCUCUCUCGCCUACGAGGGCUCACUCUACUCGGGCUCACUCGCCGCUGAAGGUUUUUAUGCUGCUGAAAGGCGCACUGGCAGUUGGCGCGCUCGAUGUCAUCUCUCGUUUUCAGCAGCCAGAAGCUUAAUUUGCU